AUGGGAAACAGAAAAUUGCUGGAAAAGCUCAUGACGCCUCUGAGCAGGGCCGGUUAGGGGGGGAAAAAAAAGGAAAUCCCUAAAAUUUGGCAUUUUGUUUUGUUCAAUAUUGACAGGUUGACAUUUCGAAGCGGUACAUGCUUGUGUUCAGCAGAGUGCAGUGCAGUCAACAGAGACUCACAUGAAACGCGUGCCCUCUUUAACGCCGAGAGGGAUUUCAGAAGGCGGAAGGGAUUUAUGACUGGGUCAGAGAAGGGAGUCGAAUAUGGCAGCCACUAGCAGCAAGUUGGAGUUUGCGGUGCAGAUGAGCUGUGAGAGCUGUGCCAAUGCUGUCAGGAGUGCCUUGACUGGAGUUAAUGGAAUCCAGUCGGUGGAUAUUGAUGUCAACACAGAGCAGGUACUAAUCGACACAACACUGACAUCCAAGGAGGUGCAGGAGCUGAUAGAGAGCACGGGCAGACGAGCCGUGUUAAAAGGCAUGGGCCCAUCCACUCUCAAGGACCUGGGUGCUGCUGUGGCCAUGCUGGGCCCAGAGGGCAACAUCAAGGGCGCAGUGCGAUUCCUACAGCUGUCGGAGAAGCUGUGCCUCAUCGAGGGAACAGUCGAUGGUCUGAAACCUGGCCAACAUGGGCUGCACGUGCACGAGUUCGGAGACCUGACCAACUCCUGCCUCAGCUGUGGUGAUCAUUACAACCCAGGAGAGAACAGGCAUGGAGGGCCGCAGGAUGUAGACCGGCAUGUUGGUGACCUGGGAAACAUCCGAGCUAGCGAGGAUGGGAGGGCUACGUUCCGAAUGGAGGAUGACCGCAUCAAGGUCUCCAACAUCAUCGGCCGGUCCCUGGUGAUCGACAGCGGUGAGGAUGACUUGGGCAGAGGUUCCCACCCUCUGUCCAAGGUCACAGGCAACUCUGGAGAACGUUUGGCCUGUGGAAUUAUUGCUCGAUCGGCCGGACUGUUCCAGAAUCCCAAAAGGAUCUGCUCGUGCGACGGAGUGACCCUCUGGGAGGAGCGGGAUCGGCCAAUCGCAGGGACGGGUCGCAAGUCCCAGGAUCCGCCCACGGCAAACCUCUGAACCAGAGUCCACCCUGGUCCCAACAAACCCCCACGCCUCCCUCCCUCACACCCACCACACACCCCACCCCAAAAAAAACAUGGUGACCAGCUUCCAAUCAGAUGGCAUGCCGGAAUCUUCUAGAAAAUGUGUUGUCCUCCUCUUGGGGGGAGGGAGGGGGAAGGGUUCUGAGGCGAAUUGUAGCUCUCAGACCCUACCAACCCCUGACCCCCAGCCUGGAUGUGACCUCCAUGCGGGGUCAAUGGCACACCUCGCAGGAGGCGGUGGCCGUGGUUACUCAAAUGCAACCGUGGCAACUGCGCCUGAGAAAGCCCGCCAUUGGCUGCGGGCACUCGUCAUGGGUGCAAAGUCGCUAGGCGCUAUAGAAAUGUAAUUCUCACUUUAAAAUUUGAAAUGGCCAACGAGGUUGAGAGUGCCAGGCUUUGUUGCGAGAUUUUGAUUUCCGACUAACCAUUCCAGCCCCACUGUUUCAAGGGGGGGUCAGAUUUAAUAAUUAAUCUUCGGUGCUGUUUGAAGUGAUUAAAUUUGGAAUCGAGCUGAUGCUUCCUGUCUUAGAGUGACUCUCAACAGUCACAGUACAAUAAAGUUCAGCAG